GAUCUGGGCACACACUGUGAUAUUGUUUACGUGUUUUGCUCGCAGAGAUUAGUUUGUUUUAGAAAAAUAUGUCAUCCUGGAUCACAGGACUGGCGGACAAGGCCGAAAACAUCUUGAACAAGCUGGACCAAAAUGCGGCAACAGCCCUCCAAACAGAGAACUCCACCGGAUCAGCGGAUCCAAUGCGCAGGAGCAUGACGAGCAGCACCCAAUCUCUGUCCACGUCCAUGAAGUCCACUCUGUCGCCAGUGAAGCGCUCGGGCGCCAAUAGCUCAUCUAGUGUAAAAAGCGAGGGCGGUGGCGCCGUGGUCACCAAGGACAUGCAGCAAAAGAUGACUACAUCGCCCAGUUUCUCCAACAGCCCCGAUGUAGCCCUCAACUCAAUGGACACCAAUGAAUUGGCUGCCUUCAAGAUCGCCCUGAAUGAGAUCACAGCCGAGAGGGAUGAACUUCGUCUGCGCUUAGAUGAUCUCAAUAACGAAACCGAAAAGUUCGAUCUGCAUCAACACACCCAGGUGCUGGAAGCUCUGGUUAAAACUCUUUCCGAGGAGCGGGACAAGGCAGUACAUGACCACAAUGAGGCCCAGACAGCCAACAUGGCGUACGUGCACUCCAUCUCCGAACUGGAAACCAAUCUGGCCAAGUUGCAGCAGGAAUACAUGAGCGCCGCUCACAAAUUGCAAAUGCAAACGAAGGAAACGGAGCAGCAGCGCCAGGAGCUCCAGGAAUACCGCAUCAAGGCUCAGCGAGCCCUGCAGGCGAAGGAUUCCCUCAUCGCAGAAUUGAAGGCCAAGCCCACGGAGGAGGGCGCAGAUCCAAACCUGGUGUCCAAGGACAGUGAAACGCGUUUUCUGCAAAUUGAACACGAGUCACUCAAACAAGAACUAGAGCACGCCAAUGAGGAACUGCAAAAGGCGCGUUUGCAGCUGGACGAUUACAAUUCACAGGAAAGACAACGACAGGUGGAGCUUAGCUCAGCCCGCCAGCGUGAGGAAACACUAGCAAAGGAGUUGCGACAGGCAAGGGAACACAGUGUGAGCUCCGAGUCCGAUCAGCGAGUGCUCACCCAGGAACUGGCAUCACUUCGGCAACAGCUUAGUAACCAAAUGGCUGCUGCCGCCACACGCCUACAAGAGCGGGAGCAGCAGCUUCAGCAGAUGCGUCAGCGAUUGAGCGAAGAAGCCAACACGGGGGCCAAAAACAAUUACGAGACUCGGUUGAAGGCUUUAACCCAAUCGCUGGUCGAACGGCAGAGUCUUCUGGAGAGAGUUACGAGUGAGAGAAACGCCCUGAGAUUGCAGCACGAGAAGGCACAGACGCAGCUACAGCAGAACAUGCACUUGGUGGAAAUGGAAAGCCAAAGGGGCAGCUCCCGCCAUGCGUUGCUCAACAGUACAGAUGAUGUUAAAGCACAAUUCCCGCUUCUUAUGCAUCCAAGUCCAUUUGACAAUCGUGUGGCCCGUCGCUUCAAGCGAGCACUUCGCCAGGCGGACUCCAUGGGCAUUCGGGUGGGAACCUUUCUGCGUCGCUAUCCCAUGAUGCGGGUCUCUGUGAUCGUUUACGUGGCUCUGCUGCACCUUUGGGUCAUGUUUGUGCUGCUCUCCACUACACCAAACUAAUCGAAUUAAAUACAUUUAAUUGAGCAAUUGUUGUAUUUCAUUAAUUGUGUAUGUAUUGUAUUUUACACGCCAAAAUUGGAUAUCUAGGGAUACGAGUAUAUGUGUCAUGUUUGUGGUUGCAACAAUUGUAUAUAUCGAUAGUAUACUUGUGUUUCGCACUCGUUCUAAAUUCAAUAUUCAAUAAACAUCAACUAUGUACAGAAA